UCGAAUCGAGAAGGACCUGUUUUGGAGGUUUAGUAAGUGAGCGCAGACGUUAAGGAUUGCCACGUCAUCAGAAAAACCUGAAACGUGCAACCUCUCUCUUUCUCGCUCUGGGUUUCUGGAUUCCCGGAAAAUACUGUUAUCGUCGUCGAGUCCGUCUCCUUCGUCUUCUGGUCAACGAUGAAUAUCUUUAGAUUCGCCGGCGAUAUGACUCACUUGAUGAGUAUCUUAAUCCUUCUCCUCAAAAUCUACGCGACGAAAUCCUGCGCCGGAAUCUCUCUGAAGACGCAGGAGCUAUAUGCGCUUGUGUUCUUGACUCGGUACUUGGAUCUGUUCACGGAUUACGUGUCUCUCUACAACAGCGUGAUGAAGGUUGUCUUCAUUGCUAGCUCGCUGGCUAUCGUUUGGUGUAUGCGUAGGCAUCCACUUGUCCGGAAGUCGUACGAUAAGGACCUUGAUACAUUUCGUCAUCAGUACGUUGUGUUAGCAUGUUUUGUGUUGGCGCUUCUCCUGCAUGAGAUAUUCACAUUCCAAGAGGUGUUCUGGGCCUUUUCAAUAUACUUGGAGGCAGUUGCUAUCCUUCCCCAGUUGGUUAUGCUACAGAGAAGUGGGAAUGUGGACAAUUUGACUGGACAAUAUGUUCUCUUUCUUGGGGCGUAUCGUGGAUUAUAUAUCAUCAACUGGAUCUAUCGAUAUUUCACAGAAGAUCAUUUCACUAGAUGGAUCGCUUGUGUGUCCGGUCUUGUCCAAACUGCUCUCUAUGCGGAUUUCUUCUACUACUACUACUUGAGCUGGAAAACCAAUACUAAACUGAAGCUUCCGGCUUGAGCAGAACCGGACAAAUUUUGUAAGAGUGUCAAAGUUCAGGAAAUUACAUAGACAGUGACACUUGAAAAAACGAAAAUAGACAGGGUUGGUAUUUGGUUUCUCCCUAUUGUUAGUUGUUACAAUCUAACAGGGAGAAUGAUGCAGCAUUGUUGUUUAAGAAGUGCUUUACCUUCUUAAUGGACAUUGUUAACUUUUCA